GGCGGCAGGGGGCGGCGUCGCCCGCGGCGGCGACUCCCGGUCCGGGGCUCAGCGCCUUUCAAGAGACGCGGCGACCUCCGGCGGCGGGCCGCGUCGGCCGGGCAUGGCGGCGUGGAGCCCGGCCGCGACAGCGUCUCUGCUCCGCGGGAUCCGCGGGCUUCCUCUUCUCCACUGCGCCCAGCGGAUGUUUGCCUCGCAGACUGAGGGGGAGCUCAAAGUAACCCAAAUUCUCAAAGAAAAGUUUCCUCGAGCUACAGCUAUCAAGGUCACCGACAUUUCAGGAGGCUGUGGGGCUAUGUAUGAAAUCCAGAUCGAGUCAGAAGAAUUUAAGGAGAAGAGAACUGUCCAGCAGCACCAGAUGGUAAAUCAGGCACUAAAAGAAGAAAUCAAAGGGAUGCAUGGAUUGCGGAUAUUUACCUCCGUUCCCAAACACUGACCACAUCCUGACUGUGUAGAUGCUGCUGCUUAAAACCUUGGAUGAACUUGGCUGACACCAUUCUUUCCUAGGCAUUUGCCAAAAAAAUUAUCUAUUUUGUUCAUAGACAUUUGCAUAUUAUAAUUAUAGAAGAAUAUGUUCUCUAUUUAGAGAUUAAUUAAAGGCAACAGACAACUGAAA